GGUUGCACCUCGUGUGUUCCGGUCUUGGAAGUGGGAGCAUUCAGCAUGGCUGCUAUAGGGGUUCACUUUGGGUAUACAUGCGCGUGUGUGGCGAUAUUUAAGGAUGGGCGCGCUGAUGUGGUGGCCAACGAUGCCGGAGACAGAGUGACUCCAGCUGUGGUUGGCUACAGAGACACUGAGCAGAUUGUAGGCAUCGCAGCGAAACAGGGACGAGUCCGCAACGCUGCCAACACAGUUGACCGAGUGAAACAAGUGCUGGGGAGAAGCUUUAUUGAUCCGGAGACACAAACUCACAAAACAGAGACCAAGUGUCAGGUGGUGGACAGAGACGGGAAGCCUUACUAUGAGAUCACAGCAGGAGAAAACCCUCGGUAUGUUGCUCCGGAGGACGUGGCUAAACUCAUCUUCCAUAAAAUGAAAGAAACAGCUCAGUCAGCUGUGGGCUCUGACGUAACUGAAGUGGUCAUCACGGUGCCCUUUGAGUUUGCACAGGCUCAGAAGCAAGCUCUGAGAGAGGCAGCUGAAGCUGCGGGGUUCCAUGUGAUGAGGCUGAUCCAUGAGCCUGCUGCUGCUCUGCUGGCCUAUGACAUCGGACAGGACAGUCACUCUGGAAAGAGCCACGUCCUGGUGUAUAAACUUGGCGGGACGUCCCUGAGCGUGACAGUGCUGCAGGUCAGUGGCGGAAUGUUCCGGGUUCUCAAUACCCAAACUGACCACAACAUCGGAGGAGAGAGCUUCACCCAGGCCUUGGCCCAGCACCUGGCGGCUGAAUUCAAACGCACCUUCAAGCACGAUGUGAGCAGCAACGCCCGGGCCAUGAUGAAGCUGAUGAACGGAGCCGACAUGGCCAAACACUCGCUGUCCUCGCUGGGAUCGGCCAACUGUUUUGUCGACUCCUUGUACGACGGCAUUGACUUUGAAUGCAAUGUCUCGAGAGCUCGAUUUGAGCUGCUCUGCUCGCCACUCUUCAAUAAGAGCAUCCAGCCAAUCAGAGCCAUGCUGGAGGAGGCGGGGCUGUCCACCAGUGACAUCAACAAGGUGGUUCUUUGCGGCGGCUCGGCCAGGAUCCCCCGCCUCCAGCAGAUGAUCAGGGACUUGUUCCCUGACGUGGAGCUUCUCAGCUCAGCGCCCACUGAUGAGGUCAUCGCAGUGGGAGCAGCGCUGCAGGCGGGUUUGCUGGUCGGCAGAGAGAGCCUCGCCCCCGAGGAGGAGUCCGUCAUGGUGGAUGUUUCUGCCACAGAUAUACUCAUGAAGGAGGUGGAUGAAUCCGGAGCUGAGGUGUUCACCGUCCUGGUUCCGUCCGGCACGCCUCUUCCUGCACGCAGACAUCACAUCCUGAGUGGAGGAGGGAACCUGUCCUCCAUCUGUCUGGAGAUUUACCAGAGACUUGUCACAGCGCAGCCAAUAAAACUAGCCAAGAUAAUCCUGAGAGAGCUGCAGCCCAAAGAAGAGAACCACAACAUUGACACCGUAGUGACCAUGAAAAGGGACGGCACCCUUCAUGUCUCCUGUGUAGAGCAUGACACUGGAAGGUCUCAGGCUGUCACCAUACCAGCAGCAUCCUGAAAUGAGUGAUCUGCAGUCCAACCAACACAUCAGUUCACAAUGUCAAUCCAGUGUUUUUGUUUGUGUUUUUUUUUCACCUAAUAAACCUAAUAAAAGUUUUUUAUGCUCGGUUA